AACCUCCCUUCCAUGACUGUUAUUUCCCUCUUCCAAGAAAUGCAUUCUUACGCCAUUUGAUUUUCCCUCUCAGUUGCAUGUAAAAGGACUUCUCCCUCCUUCCUCUAUUUCUCCGUCUUCAGAGGAAGACAGGAAGCAGGCCAGGGGCCUGUGGACAAAAAAGACUUAAACCAUAGGCUCUGUCCAGGUUCCAUCCAUGAUUCCAGAGGCCUUGCUUUCAGGAGCUUAGCUUGGAGAGGAGUUGAGGGCAGUCAAGAUCAGGGCCUCCAGGAGCUUGCUCCAUGUUCUCUGGUGGAAGCCACAGACCCACCCCAUUGCCAGCGUCCCCAGGCAGUUAUUUUUCUACUUUUAACUGUUGAGAGAACAAAGCUUAAGCCUACCUUCCUAGCUGCCAGCCAGGGCCUCAAUGACUUCUAGUAGAAUGUAAGACAUAGGCGCCUGGGGCCUGAAGAACAGGACUAGAAAGAUGGCCCCUCUAUUGCGUUUGUGCCCUUGCUGGCUGCAGCUGUGAAAACCAGGGUAUGGAGUCAGCCUUCAGAGCUUUCAUUUGAAAGCGAAGGUGACACUAGAUAAAGGCUUCUGCUGAAAGACAGGGAAGAUGGCCACUCUGAAACAUAGCAACUGUAAUACAGAGUCACCAGCAGCCCUGGAAGAGGUCAAGACCUCUGGUGGUAUGUGGAGCCCCCAAAUAGCCCCUGAGUCUCACGAUUGUUGUGAUUCCAAGUUCCUGACACCCCAAAAGGAGAUUCACUCAGAGGAUGAAGGUAUUGCCCCAGCUGGUGGUGGCCUAGGUUCUAACAAUAAAGGUUCCGGGACCCAGAGCCCAGGGGGCUACUCAGUGGAGGCUGUGCUAGCCCGGAAGAAGCACCGUAGGCGACCUUCAAAACGCAAGCGGCACUGGAGGCCCUACUUGGAGCUGAGCUGGGCUGAGAAGCAGCAGCGAGAUGAGAGGCAGAGCCAGAGGGCCUCCCGGAUCCGAGAGGAGAUGUUUGCCAAAGGCCAAGCCCUGGCACCCUACAACACUACCCAAUUCCUCAUGAAUGACCGUGUCCUGGAGGAGCCCAACCUGGAUGUGCUGCAUGGAGUAUCCCGCCCAGGCUCCAGUGGGGAGAGUGAAGCAGGGGACAGUGAUGGGCAAGGCCAAGCCCAUGGUGAGUUCCAGCAGAGGGACUUCUCUGAGGCCUAUGAGCGUUACCACACCGAGAGUCUGCAAGGCCGAAGCAAGCAGGAGCUGGUUCGGGACUACCUGGAUUUAGAGAGGCGUCUGUCACAGGCUGAGCAGGAGACUCGGAGGCUCCAGCAGCUACAGGGGUGCCUCAGCAGGCAGUCCUGUCACCAGGUGGAGGAGCUGGCUGCUGAGGUGGAGAGGCUCCGGACUGAGAACCAGCGGCUCCGGCAAGAGAAUGAGAUACGGAACCGAGAGGGCAGCUGCUGCGAUCAGGGGUAGCCAGCCACUGAAGGGACCCCCCCCAGGCCAGGUGGACCCAAGGCAGAGGCCCCAUUUCAUAUCUACUCAGGCCAUUUGGGUCACAAGGAGCCAGGUGACAGAUGAAGAGCACUCUCAGCACCUCCACUGAGAAGAGCUAAGACAAGUUCAGACUUCUAUCUUGUUACUUCCACAAUUGGUUCUUUGAUGUCAUCUUAUGUUUUACAGAGAAAUUAAAUAGUCUUGUGAGAUUCA